UUGUCAAAUAUUUUAAUAAACUUUUCAAACACUUUAAAUGGAUCCAAGAAAAUAUCCUACUCAAUUUAAUAAACCUGUGAGAAAUUGUUUCACUAUUUCCCAUCCACUUCGACCUACAUCCCAAUGUGGACUUAAAGACCCUAUCACGCCCAAACCUACGUCACUUUUGCAGUAUUCCUCCCACGGAAAGUCCAGAGCUAUUAAAGACAAACGUUUCUACAUCUCCAAACUGCAAGCCCAAAUGAAUUUAAUCAGAGAAGAAAUGGCUAAUAUGCAACGACAGAUUUCAAACAGUGCAGUCGUUUCGGCAAACAAAAACGAGUUAAAGAAAACUGCAAAAAGAACAGCUAGGCGAUUUGCCGAAUAUCAAGAACUACUCUCUGUGUAUAAUAACGCCAUAGACUUCCACAUGGCACAAAAUACACCAGACGACAUAGAAAAAGGAACGAAGAAACUUAAAGAAAAAUGUAAAGAUUCUCAGGAAGAAAUUGAUCAUCUUGAAAAUUUAAUCGUUAGAAGACGACGCAUUCUAAACGACUUCGAAAACCAAUUACAUAACCUUAAUGAAGAACAAUCGAAAUUCGAAGAGAAUAUGUCUGAAGAAGAACGUCAAAAAUAUACAACACUUUUACAGAAAAAUAAGGAAUACCUCGACAAAAUAUCGGAAGAACAAAGACUUAUAAACCGCGAAUGCAAGAUUAUCAGUAGACUGAGUGACUGUCUUAAAAGCAAUCACAUGAAACAAAAAAAACACGAACUUCUCCGGUUAUACGCACUGAACGUUCAGCAGAAGCAAACCCUACAAAAUGAGCUAGAGCGAAUACCUUCCCAUGAAGACCAACGGAUGGCUCUUUUGACACAGUUAAGAAAAUCAAAACAUGACAUUGAACAAAUGUCUAAAACUAAACAAUACCUAGAUGAAGAAAUUGACACAAAAAUGGAAGAAAUAAAAUCUUUAGAAGAACCACAAACGAUUAAUCACAAAAAAAUCGAAAAAAUGAAAGAAAUGAAGAGACGCGAAGAAAUCAUGUUGGAUUUCUUGGACACCAGCGAUGACAAGAUCAUCGAACUUUACAACAAGAUCGAAACAACUCAGAAAAAAAUCAUUACCAUUCUACAAAUUAUAAAAGAGAGCACAAACGACUUAGAACUUAAUAAUUCAUUUGAAUCCACUUUUUCACAAAUUCACAAAUGCACCACUGACGAACUUAAUAAACAUUUUCGUUAUAUUCAAGAGCAAUGUGAAAAAAUCAAUUCAUUACUGGAAAUCGAUAGAAACAACGUCACGCGCCUUAAAAAUGAAAUUUCCAAUCUAGAGGUUCAAACAGAGAGCUUUACAAAUGUUGAAGCAAAGCAGAAUUCCCUAGAAGAGCAAUGCAAGAAAACUAAGAAAGAGCAUAAAGCCCUUCAGGGUAAAUUAGACGGGCUCAAAGUGGACAUUGCUGCUGGCGAAAAGGAUGUUGCAUUUCUCGACGAUAAAUUGAACAAAAAUGAAUGCUACAGUCAAUACCUCGAUUUAGAAAAACAAAUCGAAUGUACCGAAAGUGAAAUCAUUCUCAUCGAAGAAGAAAUUAACGAGCAUGGGCAACAAACAAUUUUGAACGAAAAAAUGGAAGAAGUCAAGUCAGUCAUAGCCCAGUACAAUUUAAGUUUGCAAAAUCAUAUAAAGAACGGCCCGUAUGUAAUGAAAUCCUUCAAUUAAUACCUAAUUAAGGCAACCUAUGUACUUAUCUUAUCAUAUUUGUUAACUCGUUUAUUAUUAUA